AUGGCUGAUUUGCCUGAAACCGGAGUAAGGCCAUCGCCACCAUUCGCAGUAGUUGGAGUGGACUUUGCCGGUCCAUUCACCCGUAAACCAGAUAUUCGAAGUCGCAGUAAAACCGAGCUGAAGGCGUACAUAGCAGUAUUUGUUUGCUUCAGCACCAAAGCAGUUCAUCUCGACACAGUUUCCGACUUAUCUACACCAGCAUUCUUAGCGUGCUUCAAACGCUUUGUUUCCAGGAGAGGCCUACCUCAAAUCAUGUACUCCGACAAUGGUACCAAUUUUGUUGGCGCCUACAACGAGUUAAAUCGCCAAUUCGAUAACAUUAUGCGCGAGCCAAUAGUUCAGAAUUUCUCUCUUGCUCAUAACGUCGAAUGGCGCUUCAAUCCACCCGCAGCUCCUCAUAUGGGAGGCCUGUGGGAGUCAGCAGUCCGCAUCAUGAAGAACUACCUUUAUCGCAUCAUUGGCACUCAAAGGUUAGUUCUAGAUGAACUCACAACGUUCAUAACCGAAGUGGAGGCAAUCAUGAAUUCUCGUCCCCUAGUGCCUCUCACUUCGAACGUCAAUCCUGAUGCACUGACGCCGGGUCACUUCCUCAUAGGAAGACCCCUAGUAGCCUUGCCAGAAGAGUACACCGAAGCCUCCAACAUCUCGUCCAUCCAGCGUUGGAAGUUGGUCAAUCAGCUGAGAAACCACUUUUGGCGAAGGUGGUCUGACGAAUAUUUGCGCUCUCUCCAGAAACGCACCAAAUGGUGCACUCCAGCAGCUCAGCCAGUUCAGAUCAACAACAUAGUCCUAGUAUCAGACAAGCAAUCUCCUCCUCUUGUUUGGCCGCUUGGUAGAAUUACGAAGCUCUACCCAGGCAAAGAUGGUCAAAUUAGAGUCGUUGACCUAAUUACCCGUAAUGGCGCGUCCCUCAAGCGCCCAGUUGUCAAGCUAAUCCCGCUAAUCAGCGCUGCAAGCAGUCCAGAUGACUCCGUCAGCGGCGGCGGGAUGUCAAGAUAG